UAGCAUUAAUAACUUUAGCACAGGAUGGAGGCACUUUAUCGAAUAACAACGGUUGUACGCUUGAACCCUUAAAUAUAGUUACGGAAGUAGAUAAACAAUUAAAAACAAUUGGAUAUGUUCAACUUUUUAGCGCAAAAACACCAACUCAAACAACUCCAAUUCCAAAAAUUCCGUGGGAUAGUUAUGAUUUUAUAAAUUUUAUUGACGAUGUUAACAAAUUAAAUCGUAUAGGUGAUUUAAUUAAAUAUAAAGACAAUGCUAAGGCGUCUACUAAAAUUCUUCUUUCAAUAAGAAAUUAUAAUGUUGAACAAUGGCCGCAACCGCAAGAUGAUAAAGAUAAAGAUGAUAAUGGUAAUGUCGAAUAUAAUAGAAUUAUUACCGAAACAAUUACAACUAUAAAAGAUCAUCAAUUAGAUGGUAUAGACAUUGAAUAUCCUGGAAUGAGAGGAAGUUUAUGUAAAGGUCCUAAUCCAGGUCCUAAUCCUAAUGAAUUCAUAUGGGAUAAAAAUAAUGAUGACAAAAUCAUUAAUUUUUUAAAGAACAUUCGAGUUGCAUUGAAUGGAAUGGAAGGUGUUAAAACUUUAAUGUUGACAGUUGGUAGAGAUGUAAUUGGAAAUUUAAAUGGUGCAAUUGAUUAUCUUAACAUUGAAACCUAUCAUAAUAGUUUAUAUCAAAAUUCAAAAGAGCCAAACAAUGGCAAUUAUAAAUCACAUCCAAAUUCUCCAUUAGAUGUAUACAAAAAAGCAUAUGAAGAUUGGAAUAAUCUUGGUGGAAUUGAUAGUAAAAAAAUCAUUAUGGGUGUAGAUUUUGGGAAUACCAUUCAAAUGGUACCUAACGAAAAUAUUAGACAAUUUCAAACUGUUGAGUUUCCCAAAUCCGCUGAUUUAUUCGAUUUUAACAAGCUAAAGUUAAUUGAUCAAAUCCAGCCAAUCAGAGAAUUUUGUUCUGGAGCUGAUUCUAAUUUAUAUUUAUGGCUAUGGAGAGAUCUUUCAAAAUCCGUUCUAGAUCCAUCAGGAGGAUUUUGUUCUAUUAAAAGUAAUCUUAAUUGGACACGUAAAUUUGUAGAAACAGAUACUUCCGUAACUCCAUGGCUAUAUAGCGUUGUUGAUACUAAAGUUGCUCCUAAUUUUUAUUAUUAUGUAUCUUAUGAAGAUUUUGUUUCGUUGCAUAGUAAGUUAGAAUUUGCAAUGACAAAUUCAAUCGGAGGAAUGUCAAUAUCUGACGUUAGUUAUGAUGACAUCAACAAUAGUUUAUUGAACUUUAUGCAACCAAUACGAGGUAAGGCGGUUCCAACAACUGGUGGUUCAUCUCCAUCGAAUGAAGGUAAUGGAAAAUCAGCUCCUAAAGUUUCAGAUAACGUAGGAAAGAUAAAAAAAGGAAUUAUCACUGGUUCAAUUGUUGGAAGUAUAUUGGGUCUGUUUUUAUUGGCAAUUUGCGCGUAUUGGUAUCGUCAAAAAACUCUUCGUAAAUCCGAAGCUAGUGAUAUUAAUACAGAAUCAUCAUCAAAUCGAGUUGUUUCUUCAACCAUUAUACCAAAUGAUCGGCGGUUCAUCGAUCAUCUAACUAUCGAAUGA